GUACUUAUAAUUUUUUGGUUUACGUUUUGAAGAAAACGCUUUCAAGACAGACUUGCACAGUUUGAUAAUGUUGACGGCGGUGCUGGUACUACUGGUGCUCGUGUUGGUGCUGAAACUACUGACGUUGGCAUCCUUCCGAAGAAAUAGUGGUAAAGAUGAACCACCCGUGUUACCGGGAGCUGUACCACUGAUUGGACAUGCCUAUCUCUUAAUUGGAGACAGUUUGAUAUUUCUGUGCGGUAUGUUGGCGUGGCGGCGGAGAAACAGGAAUAAAGAUGAGCCCCCAGUUCUCCCGGGCGCUUGGCCAUUGCUUGGACACAUUCACUUGGGUCUUGGAAACAGUUCACAACUGUGGAAAGUAGCGAAAAAGCUGUGUUAUGACAGCUUAAACGCCGGAGGAGUUAUAUCCGUUUAUAUCGGACCUAGAACAGUUUAUCUUGUCACAGAUCCAGAUGAUUGUUUGAAAAUCGCCAACACGUGUUUACAAAAGGACAACUUUUACAAAUUCAUAAAACCCUGGCUCGGGGAGGCUUUAUUGACUGCUGAGUUACCAAUAUGGAAAGUACAUCGGAAGCUGCUGAAUCCUGCAUUCAAUCAAUCCAUUCUAAAUGGGUUUAUAGACAUUUUCAACAGACAAGCUCGUCGCCUGGUCAAGAAUCUGGAAGUGGAAGUCGACAAAGGGACGUUCGACCAGCUUGCUUAUACCUUGCCGAGUGCUCUAGAAACUUCAUGCCUAACUGUUAUGGCCGUGGACUUCAGUGACGAGACCUUGCUGAACAGUGAAUAUGUACAUGCUAUAGAGAAUAUAUUCAAAUGCGUAACAGAGAGGUUCCAGAAGCCCUGGCUGCACAGUGAGGUUCUGUAUAACUGGACUUCCUUGAAGAGGAGGCAGGACGAGUGUCUGAAGAUCUUGCACAAUAUGUCAAACACUGUCCUUAAAAAGAGAAAAUCUGAAUACUUGAAUGAUAAACGAUACAAGGAGAUGGAAGACACAGCAAAGGGUAAAAAUACGACCCUUGAUGGAUCUUCUCCUUGAAUUAUCAAUAGAAAAAGGCGUUCUCAAUGACCAGGAGAUCAGAGAUCAUGUCGACAACAUGCUGUUCGGGGCUCAUGAUACUACAGCUAGUAUACUAAUGUAUACCAUGCUGUUAGUUGGAUCCUACCCCGAGGUCCAGG